UCAGAGGCGGGGCCGCCGACUCGGCGCCAUGGCGGUCGUCGGUCGGCAGGUCUUUGACUGGCACCGCCUGAUCCCCCUCACCUGGGCCCUCGUUGCUAGGCGGACUCCUCAUCUUGGAGAACAGAAAAGGACAGCUGCUUUUCUUUUGCGUAAACUGACCACAGCCUCCAGUGGAGGGGGCCUUGAAGAUUCAUCCUUUGCUGAACCCAGAAAGUAUGUGCAGGAACCAGAGUGCAGGACGAGGCUUGUUCAGCACCUCCUUGAGAAGCAGAGGACUGCCGUGGAACGAGAGGUCACCAGCCCCCUUCUGGACAUGGGUUUCAGUGAAGUGCAUGUUAAUGAGCUGCUCAGUAUACAACCAGGUACCCACCCUCAACAGUUGCUGGACAUCAUUUCAGAGUUAAUACUCCUGGGUCUGAAUCCGGAGCCCGUGUAUGUGGCCUUGAAGAAAAGUCCUCAGUUAUUGAAACUGCCUAUAAUGCAAAUGAGGAAGCGCUCCAGUUACCUGCGAAAGCUUGGGCUGGGAGAAGGGAAACUGAAGAGGGUGCUUCACUGCUGCCCUGAAGUGUUCACCAUGCGUCAGCAGGACAUUGACAGCAUCGUCAGGGUUCUCAAGGAGAAGUGCCUUUUCACAGUGAAGCAAGUGGCUGAGAUUUUGCACAGAUGCCCCUGUGUUCUUCGGGAGGACCCCACUGCGCUGGAGUACAAAUUCCAGAUGCUUCGUGCGGUUACACAGCGAUGGCACCGGACCAAGAUGCCCCGGAGAACACGGAGCACCCGCCUGACGACCCCCGCACACCCUCCUCCUCAGCUGGCCCCGCUCCCUGUGGCUCCUGCAGACACAGCCCGGAGUUUCCUUCCUGCCUUUGAAGUCAGGGCUCAGGUGUGUGUGGUGUGUGCGGGCCUCCCUGCCACACCGUCCCCCGAGCCCUGCACUUGGCCUCAUUCUGCUCUCCUCUCCCCUCACCUCCUCCCGCCCCAGGCCGCUGCUGCCCUCCCCAUGGGGUGUGGGCCUGGAGCCCGGCGGCCAGGAACAAGGCAGAACAAGCCGGCCCUGUUCCCCUGCCAGGACCAGGCGGGCCGGGACCAUGGCCGAGAAGGCAGUGGGGCCCCCGCGCUGAGCAAGCCGGCUGCUGGCAGGCGCACACCUGGACAGGGACCUCGCUGGACCUGACCCGGGAGCUGGGUGCAGCUGAUGCAGGGCGGGGAGCCGGGGUGCGGGGAGCCGCGCGGCAGCCCCUCUCCACCCCAUGCUGGGGUCCCUCUCCUCCUUCAGAGCUGGGCCAAUGCCACUUCCCACUAAAUACCGAUUUGAUUAUUAUUAUUUUUCUACUUGCAAUAGCACUUGGUGAAACACGCAGUAUAGACAGGAGAGCAGGAGAAAGGAGUGGAAUUCGGUCCCCCGCCCGGUGCCGGCAGGCUGUUCUGCCUCUGGUGUCUCGGAACCUGACGUGGGCCUGGCUGUUGGUUGGGGUCCAGGGCCUAGAACUUGCCGCCCGCACCCACUGCCCCUGAGGGCACGAGGCUGUCCAGGUGGACCUGCCCAGCCCAGCGCAGCCUCUCAGGACACUGGCAGAAACGCGGGAGACCCUGGGAGCGGGCAGGGAGGGCACAAGCGUGCUUGGAGCUGGUCUGCAGGGCCUUGGCUCAGCGUUCCCCGCAACCCUCCCUGGCCCCUCCCUGCAGAUCCUGACGUCCAGGGCCCCCCACCACUGUGGCCACCCUCUGGUCUCCCCAAGCCUAGGCUGAGAACACAGGGCGCCAGGGUGGGGCUCGCAGCCGGGCUGCCCUGUGAAGUCUGUGUGUGGAUGGGCCGAGUGCGGGGCAGGCGGCUGGCAGGUGCACCCUCCUCUCCCAGGCCUGCCCGAGCGAGCCUGCAAACUUAGUGGGGAGUCGCAGGUCAUGGCCUGGGCUGUUCCCCUGGGGAGGCCCUGAGGCCAUGAGCAGCAGGAAGCGGCCUGCUCUGUGAGGGGGAGGCUACCCUUGACCUGGGGGUGCACGUGGCCAAGGGGCCGGCGGCAGGAGCCCAGGCCUUUCCCGUAGGACGGGCCAGCCCUCCCGGGUCCAGGAGAACGCGCAGACUGUGCUGGUGGCAUUUCCGACUUGGAUGAAACCAGGAAAGAGGGGAAGUGUCCUGGAGAGUCUCCUGGAGGCCACUUCCAGCAGAAAGCGGGUGACGUGGUCUGGCCGGUCCCCGAGCCGGGGAGCUUGAGGACUGGCUGGUGCCCCCUCACUGGGCCAGGGGCUGCCCUGGGCCGGGCGGGCAGGCCUGGAGGGGAGCCAGGGACCCAGUGCCCUAGCUCUGCAAACAUCAGCUCAGAAAGGGCGGGGCCUUGUUCCUGCUUUGAUUUUGCUGCCAAAAAUAAAACAAUAAACCUCCGAGGCCUUUCAUAAGCUUGUUUUGAAAAAUGUAGGCACGUCUUUUAUUUCCUGGCAGCUUUCUGGGUAACUAGGAUUCCUUCCACAAGCACAGCUGGGGGCUGAAGUCCUGCUCACAGGGCAGCUGUGGUCAGGGCCCUGGGCCCACGGUCAAGGUGGGGCCCUGGACACCCUGCAUGCCCAGCCUGGCAAGGAGGGGAGACUGGCCCUGGGCUGAGCACCCUGUGUGCCAGGCGGGCCUCAGGCAGCAGCACGCGUGGCUGCUGGGGGGCCAGGAGGCGGGGGAAGGAGCCCCCAGGGCUGACCAGGGUGCGUCCCGCAGGAAGGGUGCCCGGUUGCCGAACUGAAGGAGGGAUUCCCUGCUGGGUGGGGCAGCAGAAGCAGUGAUGGAGGACAGCCCUUCCCUCCCGG